AUGAAACUGCUCCUUUUCACCUUUGCCUUAUUAUUCUUUUUUGUGUCCGCCGAUGAUUACGAUGAUUACAAAGAUAACCGUGAAGCCUCGUGGGAGUACGAAAGCAUUGAUAGCAUCCAUGGAUAUGUUACCAGUAAGGCGUAUCCGCGAAAAAACAGAUCAGCUUCAAACUCCAACUCCCGCUCUCAUGAGCCAUCUGAUUUGAAACCUGCUGGCUUUGGUUUUUCUCAACAUAGGUCAAUCAGAAGAUCAAGCGAAUCACACGAAGGGAGAAGACACAGUUCACCAAAUCCACCCAAUCAGCAGCUACCUGCAAAUUUUCCAAAAAUAUCGUCAACUUCUGAAAGCCACGACAGAAGCAGAUAA